UAUUGCUGCAUAUACUUUGGCAGUGUUAGAGUUAGUUUGACACCUAUGGCACUGGCAGACCUAUUUUCUUCCAUAAUUUAUUUAGCAUAUUUAAGUAGCCUGCAGGCUACUCAAAAUGUAGGCUGUAAUUGAAAACAAUACUGCAUUUUAAAUUGUGCCUCUUUGCAAGGACAGGCAAGAAAUUAGUCAUGUAGUAGUCUAGGAAUUACCCAUAUUUUCUGUCUCUAUUUGAGGAGUAGCAUAAUUUGGGUGAGAGUCCAUGUUCUCCAUGCCGCUGUCCUUUUUAAAUUAAUACAUCCACUAUUGAGGACGUUUUUUAAAUGAUUAUUAUUAUUAACGCUCUCUAAGGACUACAGUGACAGCUUCUCGACGUUGGGAUUUAGGUUUUGUACCUGUAUUCUUGCGCUGAUCUACACAUUUUCGUGCAUGAGGCACCGUUUCCAGGCCUUAUCCUUUGCUUUAAUUAUUUAUUUACGUGUAAACUGCAGUCUUGCUAUCAAAACAUUGAUGGUCGAUAAUUCCCAUCUCUGUUGAGGGCCGAACUAAAACACCUUCAUUUAUUUUCAUCUCAAAUUGGAGUAGGCUGGCACACAGUCAUUAUGGCUCGUCCACGGCCGCGGGAGUACAAGGCAGGAGAUUUGGUUUUUGCGAAGAUGAAGGGAUACCCACACUGGCCAGCGAGGAUUGAUGAACUUCCAGAGGGAGCUGUCAAGCCACCUGCUAAUAAAUAUCCCAUAUUUUUCUUUGGCACGCAUGAAACAAGUCGUCCAAGCUGUCCAGGAUCUCGUCUGGAGAGGAGGAUCUGGAGGACGGGAAAGAGGAGGAUCAGAAGAGCGGAUCGGAGGGGGGAGACCCCGAUAACGGCAUCAUCCAGAACACUGCCGACAGCAAGAACCAGUUGCUGAGAGAAGAACAUUAGGUGCUGUGGACACCUACAGAGGGAAGGGAAGGUAUUCAUUGUUGCUGUCACGUGAUAUUGGAAUGGUCAAACUCCCAUAAUCACCACCUCUAGCACUAACUGUAAUGGGCGAUUCACGUCUAUCUCUAUGUAGAAAAUAACACACAUCUACUACAGUAUAUCACUAAAUCUGUACAUCUCUGCUUCAGCCAAUAGGCGCCCAGGCUAGACUAGAGCCAAGGUAACUAGCUUCAAAACAACAUACACACACACUUGUGUCCCCGUCUCUUUCAAAAUCAGAACACCACAUUUCAUAUCUAAACAGUGUAAAAUAAGCAUCAAUCAAUAUGUAUAUUGACCCUUAGCCUCCACUAUCUGAUUAAUCCAUCAAUGAUGUCAUUAUAGGUAAACAUGUUAGCUAUGUUUGAUAAAACUUCUAUGAUUAUACAGUAUAAUAUACUCCCUUGUGGUUUAUGAUGAUUGAUAUAUGUUGGGUAUUGCAGUGUUCUGAUCAUACUAGUUGUAUCUUGGAUUUGCUUUUAUAAAACAAUGCUUAGGGUUGCAAAAUUCCAGUACAUUUUCAAAAAUGUCCAGUUUUCCAGAAAUCCUGGUUGGAAUAUUCCUGCGAUCAGGAGGGAAUAAGCAGGAAAUCCGGUGAUCAUACGACUGGAAUUCAUGGGAAACCUGAGAAUUUGGGGAAAGCUACUGGAAAUUUGAAAUGUGUGUUUAACUGACUAUAUAACAUAUCCAUAUCACUGUAUGUUGCUCUUUUAUGUAACCCGCAAAAGAUGAAUGGAAAAAGACAUAGAUAAAUGUAUGAAGUGUUGUGCACAAACCGUCUCUCUAACUUUCUAUCUCUCUAUCUAUAUAUUUGACUUUGGCUGUAGAGUAUAAGGCCAGUAUUCUACCUGACUGAUCUAGCUAACUACUUGUCCGCAUCCCAAAUGGAACCCUACCACCUACAUUCUGUAGUGCACUACGCUGCCUUCAUCUUUCUAUGGGAAGUGAUGAAUCGGUUUUAACGUGUGUCAGUAGAAUGGGCUAUGGUAUAUUUUAAAAGCUUUCUAUAGUGGCAUGCUCAACUGUUGUACACAACUACCUAGUUAUUUUCUUAACGUUUUCAAUUAUACUGAACAAAAAGGUAAACGCAACAUGUAAAAUGUUUCAUGAGCUGAAAUAAAAGAUCCCAGAAAUGUUCCAUAUGCACAAAAACAUUAUUUCUCUCAAAUUUGGUGCACAAAUUUGUUUACAUCACUGUUAGUGAGCAUUUCUCCAUUGCCAAGAUAAUCUAUCCACCUGACAGGUGUGGCAUAUCAAGAAGCUGAUUAAAUUAGCGUUACACAUGUGCUCCUUGUGCUAGGGACAAUAAAAGUUUUGUCACACAACACAAUGCCACAGAUGUCGCAAGUUGAGGGAGCGUGCAAUUGGCAUGCUGACUGCAGGAAUGUCCACCAGAGCUGUUGCCAGAGAAUUUAAUGUUAAUUUCUCUACCAUAAGCCGCCUCCAACGUCAUUUUAGAGAAUUUGGCAGUACAUCCAACCAGCCUCACAACCGCAGACCACGUGUAACCACACCAGCCCAGGACCUCCACAUCCAGCUUCUUCAUCAUCUGAGACCAGCCACCCAGACAGCUGAUGAAACUGAGGAGUAUUUUUUGUCAAUAAAAAAGCCAUUUUGUGGGGAAAAACUAAUUCUGAUUGGCUGGGCCUGGCUCGCAAGUGGGUGGGUCUAUGCUCACUCAUGUGAAAUCAAUAGAUUAGGGCCUAAUUAAUAAAUUUAAAUUGACUGAUUUCCUUAUAUGAACUGUAACUCAGUAAAAUCUUUGAAAUUGUUGCAUGUUGCGUUUAUAUUUUUGUUCAGUAUUCCUACUGUUUUUCCAUUCACACUUCUUCCACAGUGCAGUGAAGGAGAAAAAAAGACAUAACACAACCAUGUUUGCAAGCACCUUUCUCAGACGAUAUAUUCAUCCUGAGGCAUUUAUGACAUGUUGGAAACUCAGAAAUACAAGCUUCCGAGUGAAAAAAACAACAUUUGAACUACCCUCCAACUAUUUACAAGUGGGAAACCUCGGGUAUCAUUCCUGUGCUGACCUCUGACAUCACCUACUAAGGAAAUUACCUCGAUAACUACAUUUUUGGCAGUUAAAUGUAACAACAAACCAUUAUUUAUUUUUUAAACAGGCUAUUUGUUUUUUUUAACACUAUAAUUUGUUUACAAACUUGAUAGCUGUACUUUCGUUUAUGAUUGACGCAGCUUGUUUGCCAUUAGGCAAUCAGCGUUCUCAACGAGUUCAAGGCACGUGAAUGCACACAACUCGUUGCUCCGAGUUUACAAGUCAUAUUUUCAGAGUUUCCGACUUGUCAUGAAUGCAGCUUUAGUGUUUGGUGUAAAGUUGGCGUCUGGCAUGCUGGAAAAUUGUGUUUUCUGCCUUGGUUCAGCAUCCAAACUUACUGUUACACACUCCCAUCAAUGGUAUGCCAGUAGCCUGCUCUCCUUCCUAUGUCUUUAUGAAAAAUAUAUUAUAUUUAUUUUUUUGAUGAUAGUUGAUUAUAAUACUGUGUGAAAUGUAAACUCAUACAUUUAAAAAAAGAUAUUUAAACCUUUCAAUCUUUGUUAAUGCUCGGAAUUAGAACAUGUUUUACAUUUUAAAGGUUUGUAGUUUAAAGUAAACUGUUUUUUGCUGUUUAUGGACAAGACUUUUACAGAAUAAACUCAUUGGAAUGCA